AUGACUCUCCUGUCCUCCCAGACACCAUCCCUGGAGACAUCCUCGGCUGCCACUGAGAGUCCAGAGCAAAGGAUGCUGGAGAAGAGGUCCAAGGUUAUUGAGGAACUGCUCCAGACAGAGCGGGACUAUAUCCGAGACCUGGAGAUGUGCGUGGAGAGGAUUAUGGUGCCCCUGCAGCAGGCACAGAUGCAGAACAUAGACUUUGAGGGUCUUUUUGGAAACAUCCACGUGGUAAUUAGCUUCUCCAAGCAGCUGCUGUCCACCUUGGAGGCUUCAGAUGCCAUCGGACCAGUCUUCCUGGCACAGCGUGCACAGCUGGAGGGCGUCUACAGGGUGUAUUGCCAGAACCAUGACGAGGCCAUCGCACUGCUGGAAACCUAUGAGAAGGAUGAGAAGAUGCAGAAACUAUUCCUGGACCUGCUGGAUAGCCUCAGGAGCCUGUACAGUGAGUGGGGCUGCACAAACUACAUUAACCUGGGCUCCUUCCUCAUCAAGCCAGUGCAAAGGGUGAUGCGGUACCCACUGCUGCUGAUGGAGCUGCUGAGCGCUACGCCCGAGGCUCACCCUGACAAGGCACCGCUCACAGCUGCUGUCCUCGCAGUCAAAGAAAUCAAUGUCAACAUCAACGAAUACAAGCGCCGGAAGGACCUGGUGCUAAAGUACCGGAAAGGGGAUGAGGAUAGCCUCAUGGAGAAGAUCUCCAAGCUCAACUUCCACUCUAUCAUCAAGAAAUCUAACCGUGUGAGCAGCCACCUCAAGCAUCUCACAGGCUUUGCGCCCCAGCUGAAGGAUGAAGCCUUUGAAGAGACAGAGAAAAAUUUCCGGAUGCAGGAGCGGCUGAUCAAGUCCUUCAUCCGGGACCUUUCCCUCUACCUGCAGCACGUUCGGGAGUCGGCUUGCAUGAAGGCGCUGGCAGCAGUGAGCAUGUGGGACCUGUGCACGGAGAAGGGCAGUGGGGACUUGGACCAGUUCCAGAAAGUGAAUCGGCUCAUCAGCGACCAGCUCUUCUCUAACUUUAAAGAGCGGACAGAGCGGCUGGUGAGCUCGCCCCUGAACCAGCUGCUGAGCAUGUUUGCGGGGCCCCACAAGCUGGUGCAGAAACGUUUCGACAAGCUCCUCGACUUCCACAACUGCACGGAGCGAGCGGAGAAGCUAAAGGACAAGCGAACGCUGGAGGAGCUGCAGUCGGCCCGCAACAACUACGAGGCCCUCAAUGCCCAGCUGCUGGAUGAGCUGCCCAAGUUCCUGCACUUCGCCAAGGAGCUGUUUGCCAGCUGCGUGCGGGGCUAUGCUGAGGCGCACUGCAACUUUGUGUGCCUGGCCCUGGAGGAGCUGAGACCCCUGUUGUCGCUACUGAAGGUGUCCAGCAGGGAGGGGAACCUCAUUGCCAUCUUCCAGGAUGAGCACAGUCGAGUCCUCCAGCAGCUUCAGGCCUUCACCUUCUUCCCAGAGUCCCAGGCAGCUCCCAAGAAGCCUUUUGAAAGGAAGAGCAUGGAGCGGCAGUCUGCCCGGCGGCAGCCCCUCGUCGGCUUGCCUAGCUACCUCCUGCAGUCGGAUGACAUCCGAGCUGCCCUCCUGGCCCGCUAUCCCCCAGACGGUCUCUUCCAGGCAGACCGCAAUUUCAAUGCUGCCCAAGACCUGGAUGUCUCACUGCUGGAAGGAGACAUUGUGGGUGUCAUCAAGAAGAAGGACCCCAUGGGCAGCCAGAAUCGCUGGCUUAUAGACAACGGGGUGACCAAGGGCUUUGUGUACAGCUCCUUUCUGAAGCCCUACAACCCGCGCCGCAGCCAGUCAGAUGUCUCUGUGGGCAGCCACUCUUCCAACGAGUCAGAGCACAGCAGCUCUUCUCCCCAAAGCAACACCACGCUGACCUUCAGCCCCAGCGGGGCAGCCGUCACCUUCACUCAGAAACCCCUGCAGGACUCAGCCUCCCCAGCAGACCUGUACCAGUCCCCGCAGCCCCCCUCGGAGAUGGACCCCCCCUCUCUGCCCCAGCUUGGCUCUGGUGACAGGACAGCCCCGCUGGAGGCUGGGACAGUAAAAAAAUACAGCCGCCCCGAGCUGGGCUGCAGCCCCAGCUCUCGCAACGGGCACCCCACCAAGGCGCAUCUCAGGCCUGCACCCUCGGUAGAGGACAGAGACUCUGGGUUGGAGAGCAGCGAGUCAGAGGGCAACCAGGUCUAUUACGCUCUCUACACCUUCAAAGGCCGAAACACCAAUGAGCUGAGCGUGUCAGCUAACCAGAGACUCAGGAUCCUGCAGUUUGAGGACAUCACGGGCAAUCGGGAGUGGUGGCUGGCCGAGGCGCAUGGGAAGCAGGGCUACGUGCCCUCCAGUUACAUUCGGAAGACAGAGUACACGUGA